GGUGAGUAAAGUACUUAUGAAAUAAAGUGUUUUUUCCCCAAAAAUAUUCGAGUGUUUUCAGACGGACGCAGAAGCGUUGUGGAUACACCUUUGGAUCUAAAUGCCACUCCUCGAAUCGUCUUUUUUUAAGUGAAAAGAAGCACCUGGAAGCCCAGAUCUGUGUGCAGUGAUGUGGCCUGUAGUGUGGACAGCGUUGCGGACCUAUGCUCCUUAUGUCACCUUUCCUGUGGCUUUUGUGGUCGGAGCAGUGGGCUAUCACCUGGAAUGGUUUAUCAGGGGGACCCCCAAACCUCGAGAGGAAGAGAGAGGCAUCCAGGAACUGAGAGAGGAAAGAAAGCUGCAGGAGCAAGAGGGUAUGGACAGCACGAAGGUGCUCAGCCUCAAAGAGAAACUGGAGUUCACACCUAAAGCCGCUCUGAACAGGAACCGAACUGAAAAGAGCUAACCUUGUAUUGCCAUGGUAGACUUGGAUUUGACCUUUUUUUUUUUCAGCUGGAGGACUGUACACUGGGAGCAGAAGAGGGGGGGUGAACCGGAAGAAACCUUCUUCCUAUUCUCCUCAGCUCCACGUUUCUCACUCAUGACCACCCACAGGUGUCAACUUGCCUGAAUUUCUUGUAGUAAAUCAACCAAAGUGUAUGUAUUAGGCUGUAUUUAGUUUUCCAACCAUCCUCUUGAUGGUACGUGUGCUUGUUCAUGUUUUUAUCAAUAACUUAAGCAAUCGACUGUAAUUAGAAUGCCUAAUUAAAGAACCUUUGGGCGUUCAGUCUGAUCUGACAAGGUUUAUGUGAUUUGGACCACUGUAUUACUUAAAUCUGGUUGUGUAUGAUAAAUGUGUAAUUGUGACUUUGUUGUUAAGUCACUCAAAUGUCAUUUGUCAUUUCACGAUUAAGUUUCAUGUUACAAACUUGUCAUUUUUUUUUUUUUUUUUCCCCUUUGAUCCGUUUUGUUUAUAGAGACAGGAAGGCUGACUGUUAUAAAAGAGGAGAAGAACAGCCUUUGAUGAUAUGUGACAGAACAUAAGCCAGUAUUGUGGGCGGUCUCCCAGGAAGUUUAAGCUGCUUAGUUGUUAUUGUCUGGAACAUGCGCCGGGUACUUUCAUUUUUAGAAAGUUUUUGGAUUUGUGUUUCUGAAAAAUGUGAUAAAUAAAGGAAAAUCCUGUUUGUGA